AUGGCAAAUUACACGGUAAAAAGAAUUGAGAUAUCCGAUGAAAAGAAAAAGGAAAGUGAUAUUCAAGCUGAAACCUCUUCUUCAGCUGGAUUUCAGAAGCUUCCAUCCUUUGAUUUAAAUGAAGAAGCCAUUGGCUAUGAAAAUGAUGGCGACGAGAUUAAUGCUAAUAACCAAACAACUUCCCAAGGAAAAGAAAGGACAUGCAGAGUAAGACAAUACGUACGGUCAAAAAUGCCAAGGCUUCGCUGGACACCUGAUCUCCAUCUAUCUUUUGUGCAUGCUGUCGAAAGGCUUGGUGGCCAAGAACGAGCAACUCCCAAAUUGGUUCUUCAGAUGAUGAACAUUAGAGGACUGAGCAUUGCCCAUGUAAAGAGUCACUUGCAGAUGUAUCGAAGUAAGAAGCUUGAUAAAUUGGGCCAAGUUGUUUCUCAAACAAGUAAAGUGAAGCGAGGAAGAGAAGAUUUCCUUGGGACUUACAGGAGAUUCAGUCCUGGUGGGCAUUUUAGAAUCGACAAUGCAAGCCCUUUACCAUCUCCACCAGUACUACUCAAGCAACCAUAUCAGCCUUGGGGAUCCGCUGCACCAUGCAACAAUACCUUGGGGAUUGAAAAUGAGCCAACAGUGGUAUUCUUUCAAAAUGGGAACAAUGAGUUAACGAGUUCACACGUAUUUGACCUCAGGGAAGCAAUAGCAAGAAGUAGCCGGUUUCUUGAAGACAAAAGGUGGCCUCCAAGGAAAAUGUUUGCCAAUCAAGGUAAGCUUAGUAGGAGUUGUUCAGAUAUUUCUUGCCGUUGGAAUUCGAAUAGCAAAGCCAACAAUUCCUCCAACGAUGAGUUUCAGAUAUGCAGUAGUCCCACCUUCUUCAAUUGCUGUCAACAACCCUUGUCUCUUCUAGUUGCCGGGGUGAAAGGGGCAAGAAGACUACUACCGUAUCAUAUGAAUGAAGAAACAUCGCAAAUGGAAGAGAGCAGUACUGGCAAUAGAGGAAGACUGAGAGAGGAUAAAUAUCGGUCACUCAACUUAGAUUUAAGUUUACACAACAGCCUUGACAAUGGCUGUGGUGGGUUGAAAGAUAAUGAUGGAAGGAUACAAGAAAUCGACACAGUUCUUGCUCUCUCUUUAUCACCCUCUGCAUUGACCCAACAAGCUUUAAGUAGUAGUGAACAACAUAAAGAAAUCGAUCACCUAAUUAGGGCCACAUUUGGGACGAGUACCUAG